AAUGUCAGCCGGCUUUUGGAUGCUGGGCCACCCCAAAACCACCCACAGCCACCCCAACCUCGUGGGCCAAUUCCGCAACAGGAUAAAAGAAGGCAAGUGAAACACCCGCAGCUCAGUGGAUGUCACAUCCUCACAGAAAGCGGUUGACCGGAAUUUCCAAGUAAAUAAACACAAACCUCGGAAAGAUAAGCAAAACACACUGAUGAGUUGCCGCAAAGUGAAAAACUUAAUUAUGUGCUAAGAAACAAAAAUUGGCCGAGUGACAAGUGAUAAAAAUACGAAAAGGCAAUUUUGAGCAACCGGAAACUAAAAUUUCGAGCGAUUUUAUGAUGCGGUCAAGAAGGAAACUUUUGGUCCUGCCGCUGCUGCUCCUGCAAUUAAUCCACAACUGCCGAGAAGCUCAAGCAUUGCCCGAUAUCAUCAAGAUUGGUGGGCUCUUCCAUCCCUCCGAUGAUCACCAGGAGUUGGCCUUCCGCCAGGCGGUGGACCGCAUAAACGCCGACCGAUCCAUCCUGCCGCGCUCCAAACUGGUGGCCCAAAUCGAGCGCAUCUCGCCCUUCGACAGCUUCCAUGCCGGGAAAAGGGUUUGUGGCUUACUGAACAUCGGUGUUGCAGCCAUUUUCGGGCCACAAUCCUCCCACACCGCCAGCCAUGUGCAGAGUAUUUGCGACAACAUGGAGAUCCCCCACUUGGAGAAUCGCUGGGACUAUCGGCUGAGACGGGAAAGCUGCCUGGUGAAUCUUUAUCCGCAUCCUAAUACGCUUUCCAAGGCUUACGUGGAUAUAGUGCGACAUUGGGGCUGGAAGACUUUCACCAUUAUCUACGAGAACAAUGACGGCAUCGUGCGGCUGCAGGAGCUGCUCAAAGCCCACGGAAUGACGCCCUUUCCCAUCACGGUGCGCCAGUUGAGCGACAGCGGGGAUUACCGACCCCUGCUGAAGCAGAUCAAGAACUCGGCGGAGGCGCACAUCGUGCUCGACUGCUCCACGGAGCGGAUCCACGAGGUGCUGAAGCAGGCGCAGCAGAUCGGGAUGAUGAGUGACUACCACAGCUACCUGGUGACCUCGCUGGACCUGCACACGGUGAACCUGGAUGAGUUCCGCUACGGGGGCACCAACAUCACCGGGUUCCGGCUGAUCAACGACAAGAUCGUCUCGGAUGUGGUGCGCCAGUGGAGCAUCGACGAGAAGGGAAUGCUCCGCUCCGCCAACCUGACCACCGUGCGCUCGGAAACGGCACUCAUGUACGAUGCGGUGCAUCUGUUUGCGAAGGCUCUCCACGACCUGGACACCUCGCAGCAAAUCGACAUCCAUCCGAUCAGCUGCGAUGGACAGAGCACCUGGCAGCACGGCUUCAGUCUGAUCAACUACAUGAAGAUCGUCGAAAUGAAGGGCCUGACCAAUGUGAUCAAGUUCGAUCACCAGGGCUUCCGCACCGACUUCAUGCUGGACAUCGUGGAGCUAACGCCAGCGGGGAUCCGAAAAAUAGGCACCUGGAACUCCACUUUGCCCGAUGGCAUCAACUUUACGCGCACCUUCAGCCAAAAGCAGCAAGAGAUCGAAGCCAACUUGAAGAACAAAACGCUGGUGGUCACUACAAUUUUGAGUAAUCCAUACUGCAUGCGAAAGGAGUCGGCUAUUCCAUUGAGUGGCAACGAUCAGUUUGAGGGCUAUGCUGUCGAUCUCAUCCAUGAAAUAUCUAAGUCGCUGGGCUUCAACUACAAAAUUCAACUAGUGCCGGACGGAAGCUAUGGAAGUCUCAACAAGUUGACGGGUGAAUGGAACGGCAUGAUUCGGGAAUUGUUGGAGCAGCGUGCUGAUUUGGCCAUUGCGGAUCUGACCAUCACCUUCGAGCGAGAACAGGCAGUGGACUUCACCACUCCCUUUAUGAACCUGGGAGUUUCUAUUCUGUACCGGAAGCCCAUUAAGCAGCCACCCAACUUGUUCUCCUUCCUGUCUCCUUUGUCCUUGGACGUGUGGAUCUACAUGGCAACCGCCUAUUUGGGAGUCUCUGUGCUGCUCUUCAUCCUGGCCAAAUUUACUCCUUAUGAAUGGCCUGCCUACACGGAUGCCCACGGCGAGAAGGUUGAGAGCCAGUUCACACUGCUGAAUUGCAUGUGGUUUGCCAUUGGAUCGCUGAUGCAGCAAGGAUGCGACUUUCUGCCAAAGGCUCUAUCCACUCGCAUGGUGGCCGGUAUUUGGUGGUUCUUCACUCUGAUCAUGAUCUCCUCGUACACCGCCAACUUGGCUGCCUUUUUGACGGUUGAGCGGAUGGACUCGCCCAUCGAAAGUGCCGAGGAUCUGGCCAAGCAGACGAGGAUCAAAUACGGGGCCUUAAAAGGCGGCAGCACGGCGGCAUUCUUCAGGGACUCAAAGAUCUCCACAUAUCAGCGGAUGUGGUCCUUCAUGGAGUCAGCUCGUCCCUCAGUUUUCACAGCCAGCAAUGGCGAAGGCGUGGAUCGGGUGGCCAAGGGAAAAGGAUCUUAUGCCUUUUUAAUGGAGUCCACAUCCAUUGAGUACGUGACCGAACGCAACUGCGAACUGACGCAAGUUGGUGGCAUGUUGGACACCAAAAGUUAUGGCAUAGCAACUCCACCCAAUUCGCCGUACCGCACCGCCAUCAACAGCGUGAUACUUAAGCUGCAGGAGGAGGGCAAGCUGCACAUCCUGAAAACGAAGUGGUGGAAGGAGAAGCGCGGCGGCGGCAAGUGCCGCGUGGAGACCUCCAAGUCAUCGUCGGCGGCCAACGAACUGGGACUGGCCAACGUGGGCGGCGUGUUCGUGGUCCUGAUGGGCGGCAUGGGCGUGGCCUGUGUCAUAGCCGUCUGCGAGUUUGUGUGGAAGUCACGCAAAGUUGCCGUGGAGGAGCGCCUGAGCGCCAUACUGAACGAAUGAGAAAAGUCGUAAACCCGGGACGAAUGGGUCUAGUCAGCCGGGAAGUCUCGGGAAGUCAAUCAAAAAUGCUGGCAGAGGCGGGAGCAUGCAAUCCGGUGGAGCAUAUAUCAAGAGCAAUAGACGAGAUAGCCAAUUUUCGAUACCCCAAUGCUCAAAACUCGACACUUUUCGGGAUCAGUUUCCAGAAACUUUAAGAGUUCAGAGUACCGAAGCCACCAAUAAAAAAUUGCACCAGGCGUCGAGUGGAACCAGAUAUUAAUAAAGAUCCGAUCAGCAUAUGAGAAACAUAUGUACACGAGGCAUAUAUAUAUAUAUAUAUAUUUAUACAGGUUAUACUCCCUUUCGUAACUUACUCGAAAUAAUCAUAUACAUAAACUAUACACUAAAGGAACCACAACAACCACUUGCAACAAAUCGAAAUCGAAUUGCAUUUAUAUUUGAAAGCAUUUUUGGGAAUUGACCUAUAGGCGUAAUUGUAGCUAAAUUAUAUAUAGACGCGCGUAUAACCCAGACGACAGGAUCAGCGAAUUCGUAACCCUAAGGAGCCGGACACAAUUUACACAAUCUAAGACGAUAUUUUCAACGCAACUAGCCAGUAGAUCUAACCUAAGUGAAUUAUUAUUCUUAGCUUAGACACAACAACCCGAUUUCUUCCAUUUUCCCCAAAAUAAUACAACUUCCGUCAGUCGCCCUAAGAUAUAAGAUUGUAAAAUGUAAUUACCACGCAUACAGGCAAUUCUGACAAACAAUUUCGUAAAAUACUUACAAUUAAAUAAAACAAGUUAACAAAAAUU